UGUCUUUCAUGAGUUACGAUCAAAAGCCCGAAACAAAUCCCCUCAUCUAUUGCUGUUCUCGUUUGUUACAGUUACUGGCUGCAAACUUUGUUCUCAACCGAGUAUGCUUCCCCCAACCGGCCCCCACUUCAACUCCGAGACUUAUCUGAAGAUAUAUAGAGUGAUGGAGUUAAGUUCGUUUGGCGAUGGUAUAAAUUGGGCUUGAUGAAUCGGUGAAAUGAUGGUGAUAAUAAAUAUCAUCAUCAGUAAAUCAUGUUAGAAGCUAUCAGUUCCCCCCGUGCUCCAAGUCCAAUGCCGGACGAGUCAGUCAUUGGACAUUUGAGAGAUGCCUCUCUUUUACAGCCAGGUCUGAAUAAAUCAAGAGCAACUGCCGAUAUGGCAGAUCAAAUAAACCCUCCCCUUGUCUACCAACCUUAUGAUAACGAUAUCCCGAUUGAUAAGAUCUAUGGGAAAGAAACUCCAACUCCUGAUUUGUAUAAAUCAAACUUAUUGGAUUUAGCUAAUGAUUGGUGUACUAAGUUCAACAAUGGUCAAAUCAAUGAUUUGUUUGUUCCUCAUGCUUCUUGGAAAGACCAUUUAUCUCUUUCUUGGGAUUAUCAUCAAUAUCAUGGAUUUGAUAAAAUCAAACAUGCUCUUAAGUCCCAGCAAUCGUCUUUUAAUUUGAAAAAUUUAACGGUCAAUACUAAAGCUGAUAUGAGAUUUGAAAAUAGUAUCAGUGUCCAGACGAUUCAUCCUGCCACUGAGUCUAAUCCAAUUCCAAUUGAAUGGCUUCAAGUCGUUGUUAAUUGGGAGAAUAAUUUUGGUUUCGGGAUUGGGUGUAUUCGUUUCGUUGCCGUCAACAAUACUUUAAAAGCCUUGUCUGUUUUCACUGGGUUGGAAAACAUUCGUGGGAAUGAAGAAAAAAUUGGGAAACGUAGACCUGAAGGGGUAAAUCAUGGUCAACAUAAGGGUAGAACUUCUUGGUUGGAAAAUAGACAAGAAGACUUUAAAUGGGGUGACAGUAAAAACCCCACUGUUUUGAUUGUUGGUGGUGGUCAAGGUGGGUUGAAUACCGCUGCUAGAUUGAAAAUGAUGGGCAUUGAUUGCUUGAUUGUGGAAAAAAAUCCAAAAAUUGGUGAUAAUUGGAGAAAUAGAUAUAAAUUUUUGGUUUUACAUGAUCCUGUUUGGUAUGAUCAUUUGGCUUAUUUGAACUUUCCUCCUAAUUGGCCCAUUUUCACUCCAAAGGAUAAGCUAGGUGAUUGGUUUGAUCAUUAUGCUCAAUCAAUGGAAUUGAGCUAUUGGACUAAUAAAACCGUUUGUGGUUGUGAAUUUAACAAUGGGGUUUGGAAAGUUAAAAUGGUUGAUAAUGAUUCUGCUGAAGUUACUUAUUUAAAUCCAAAACAUUUAAUUAUGGCUACUGGUCAUUCUGGUGAACCAAAUAUCCCUCAUUUCAAAAAUGAACACUUAUUUAAGGGUAAAAUUGUUCAUUCUUCUCAACAUAAUACUGGUAAAAUGUUCCAAGGUGAAAAUGCCAUUGUUCUUGGUUGUUGUAAUUCAGGUCAUGAUAUUGCUCAAGAUUUUUAUGAACAAGGUGCUAAACCUAUUAUUGUUCAAAGAUCUUCAACCUGUGUUAUUAAUAGUGAAAUCGGUUUAAGAGUUACCACUGAAGGAUUAUUCGAAGAAGAUGGUCCUCCAACGGAAAUUGCUGAUUUGUAUUUAAAUUCAUUUCCAAUGAAAUUGUUAAACUUGGUUCAACAACAACAGUAUCGUAAAAUUUGUCACCUAGAAAAAGAUUUGCAAGAAUCUUUAACUAAGGCUGGCUUUAAAUUAGAUGCCGGUUAUGGUGGUACAGGACUUUUCGGUAAAUAUUUUAGAAGAGGUGGUGGUUAUUACAUUGAUGUUGGUUGUUCUAAAUUACUUGCAGAUGGUAAGAUCAAUAUUAAGCAAGGGGUUUCCAUUGAUCAUUUUACUGAAAAUGGCGUUGUAUUUACCGAUGGUACUGAAGUAAAUAAUUUGGCUAUCGUGGUGUUAGCUACUGGUUACUCGAACAUGCGUGAUACUGCAAGACGUAUUUUUGGUGAUCAGGUCGCUGAUAAAUUGAACCCUGUUUGGGGCCUUGAUGAAGAAGGUGAAUUUAAAACCAUGUGGAGAGAUUCAGGUCAUCCAAAUUUUUACUAUAUGGGUGGUAAUUUGGCUGUAUCAAGAUAUUAUUCUAAGAAAUUGGCUUUAAGAAUUGUAGCCCAAGAAAGGGGUUUCUUGAAGCAAGAUAAUAACUAAGUAGUCUUUCUAUCGUAAGCCAUGAUUUAAAUGAAUUUGUGUAACUCA